AUGCCUACCCUUAGCUUCCCCAAGUUUCCGGUCUGGGCUGGAAGCCAGCGUGUCCAGUUGGAAGUGAACUGGAGCGAGAUGUCACCAAACUCGGCUGCCAUAGUGGCUUUUAGCGUCGUAUACAACUGUUUCCUGUCGCCCCUGGCCAAUAUCCCGGGUCCGUUCCUGGCCAAAAUCUCGCCGCUCUGGCUGAUGAGAGCGGUCUGGAGGCGGCGCCUGAACCAAGAUAUCAAAUCCCUGCACGACCGCUACGGGCCUGUCGUCCGCCUGUCUCCCAGCGAGCUCUCGUUCGCCAGCAUCAGGGCCCAGGAGGACAUCCACUGCCACCAAAGCAGCCAGCGGCGCCACUUUACAAAGGCAGAGACGCUCGAGUCCCUAAUGGGCGAUAUUGUUUGGCCGGCACCGAACCUGCUCACCACGACCGCCCCGGCAGAGCACGCGCGGCUGAAACGAGCGCUGCAGCCGGCCUUCACGCAGCGCGCGCUCGCGGACCAGGAAGCCAUCCAGCAGCGGCACGUGGACGAUAUGGUGGCUCGGCUGCGGCACGAGAUCUCCGCGAGGGCCAGCACCACACUCGACCUGAGUCCGUUUCUGUCGCGGGCAAUUUGGCACAUCAUUAGCGACCUUUCGUUCGGAGAGCCUAUGUUGCAAGACCAGCUUGAAAAAUUCGAGCUCCUCAAGACCGUGUUUUGCAAGUUGAGCCCCAUCCUGGAAGGCCUGCAGUGCGUCCUUGCCAUACCUGUGCUGGGCUUCAUUCUGCGGACCACAGUCGUGCUCCUCUGCAAGGUGCUGUGGAUGCCUUCAGACGUCCUUCCGUCGUCACGGCUGCGAGACCGCAUCCAGCGCCAGGAUAACCAGCGUGACUUUAUUACCGCCAUCCUCGAGUGCGCAGAGAAGGGAGUCCAGCUGAGCGAUCUCGAGAUGAAGAGCAACGCCUCCCUACUCGUAAUGGUCGGCUAUGAUACGACGGCAACGAGCCUGUCGGCCGCAUUCCACCUCUUGCUACGGCAUCCGGAGUACCUUUCUCGGCUGCGCGAUGAGCUCCGCACGCGGUUUGGCUGCUCGGCCGACAUGACCAACUCACGCCUCUCGACGUUGCCGCUGCUGAACGGCUGCAUACAGGAGACGCUGCGGCUGCUGCCUCCGGCCAACGGCAAGGGCACCAACCGAACCAGCCCAGGCGCCGCCAUCGCCGGUGUGCAGGUGCCGGCGGGCGUCCUUGUGAGCGCCGACAUGUACACGAUCCAGCGCAGCGCCGACUACUGGCGACACCCGGACGAGUACCGGCCCGAGCGCUGGUUCGAAGGUGGCGAGUUCGACGGCGACAACAAGUCGGCGCAGCGGCCUUUCCUUCUCGGCUCGCGCAUGUGCGUCGGGCGGGCCGUCGCCAUGCAGGCGCUCCGGAUCGCCAUCGCCAAGGUCGUCUACGCCUUCGAGCUCGCAGACGCAGAGCCCGAGUAUCUGUGGGAGAGGCAUGUGCAGAGCUCGUACUUGUGGAUUGGAUACCGCGUCCAGGCGACCCUGUCGGAGCUUGAGACAGUGUAG